CGCGGUGCCGAUCGAGCUGAAACGCCCUGAAGCGUCCAACGCGGCUCGACGACUUCCGCCGUGCCUCCUGGUAACCGACGACGGAGAAACGAUGUUGUAAUCGAGAAUCUAUAACGUUCCGUCGACCUGUCAUCCGAAAUGUUCCUAAUGUUUAUCUCUCGCUCUCGUUAUCGCCAUUAUCGCGGUAACAACGUUUACGGGACGUGUCGAGAUGGAGCUGUAGUUAAGAGAUUUUUUUUUCCUUUUACUUACUGCGGACUGCGGCUUUGCUUUUAGUUUCGUUCGCGUUGGUCGUCGGAUAAGUCGCGCGAUAUGCGGCGCAUAUGGUGAGCCGUGGAGAAAAAAAAAAAACCCGCCGCAGACGGAUCUCGAUUCCAAAAAAAGGUCGUUUCUCUUUCGCGAGACGAUCGCAGACGUUCCGAGACGUAUCGCGGAGACGCGAAGGAAAUUCGGUCGGUCGAUAAUUGCGCCGUGCCCCGUGAAGAUACUCGAAUUUCUAUCGAUUUUAAUACGAGAUGCCUUUAACAAAGGGCAUUUAUUAGUCCUAAACGAACGGAUCUGAGAUAACGAGACGUUAAAGUGAUCGUUCUCCGAAUGACGCGAAUAAAACGCUCUUUACGCGGACGUCCGGGAUUUAGUGCGUUUUUCUGGAUACGAUAAUCCAAGUUCCACCGUCGUGUCUGCAGAGAAACUGCGGGAAAGAAGCGAUGGCUCGAUCGAGAGGAACGUGAAGAAGGCCACCUUGGUGCGUGGCAAAUCGGGUCAAAGGCCUGGCUCCUCGUUCUCCUCGUCCUCGUCCACGGAGAGGCUGCGAAAGAUGCCCGGGCCGUCGACGCAAGAGAGGCCCCGUGCUCACCGGCUCACCGACAUCGAGUCUCAGACGAAGGGCUUGAGCGGUAACCGGACGGACGACUUUGGCACGCCCGUUAGUUCUGGCAGCAACAUGAGUAGCAUCGCGCGCUUUCCGAAGCUCGACGAGUGUGCCCACUUUCAUUACGAGCACGUCGAGCUUGGUACUCUGGAGGUAUCCGUCAACGAGGGUUCCAACGACUCGGAGAGCUACGCCGUUCGAAUAACAUCCGGCGACGCGUGCUGGACGCUACAGAGGUCCUACGACAACUUCGUCAUGUUCGAUAAGCAGCUGCAUCGCUGCAUAUUCGACAGAAAGUUUUCCUCCUUAACGAAGCUUCCAGAUGUUCGGCCAAAAAACGCCUGUGAUAUACUAAAGGAUUACUUGAGCCGGUUCUCGCUGCUGAAUCACGAAGGCCUAAACUGUGGCCCGGUAUUAAAUUGGCUACAGCUCGACAACAGGGGAAGAAGGAUUCUGGUGCCAGAAUCGGAUUCCUGUCCUAUCAAUACUCCAGCCGUCGCCGCGGCAUACGCCGUGAGACCCUACACCGCUCAAGCCCAAGACGAGAUCUCUUUCCAGGUAGGCGACAUGAUAUCCGUUAUAGACAUGCCCCCUCCGGGGGAAAGUACGUGGUGGCGUGGAAAGCAUGGAUUCGCGGUUGGAUUUUUCCCGGCCGAAUGCGUCGCCGUAAUCGGGGACAAAGUGCCGCGUCACUUGACGGUUUCGACGACGGUCAGAUCGAGAUUACCAGUAAAGCCCGUGCUCCGGAAACAUGGCAAAUUGAUCGCCUUUUUUAGAUCCUUCAUACUAAAUCGGCCCUCUAGGAGGAGAUUGAAGCAAUCGGGUAUACUGCGAGAGCGCGUAUUUGGUUGCGAUUUGGGAGAACAUCUAUUAAACUCUGGUCAAGACGUGCCUACCGUUUUGACGUGCUGCGCGGAAUUCAUAGAGAAACAUGGUCUAGUCGACGGUAUAUAUCGUCUUAGUGGCGUAACGUCCAACAUUCAAAAAUUGCGGAACGCCUUCGACGAAGAUAGGGUACCAGCGUUGCAUUCCGAUGAGAGCAUUCUGCAAGAUAUCCACUCCGUAGCAUCGUUAUUGAAGAUGUACUUUAGAGAGCUGCCGAAUCCAUUGUGCACGUAUCAACUUUACUCCACUUUCGUCAAUGCGGUUCAAGCCAGUAGCGACGCAGAGAGAUUGAGACGUAUGAGAGACGCGGUUAGAAAGUUACCGCCACCACAUUACAGGACACUGGAAUAUUUGAUGCGUCACCUGGUGAGGGUAGCCGCGCGUGGCACGAAAACAGGUAUGACUCCGCGCAAUGUGGCCAUCGUCUGGGCGCCAAAUCUCUUGAGGUGCAAGGAGUUGGAAGUGGGUGGUGUAGCGGCCCUUCAGGGUGUCGGAGUUCAGGCGGUCGUGACGGAAUUUCUAGUCUGCUACGCGGAACUCAUAUUCGGGGAUGGUCCUGUUGGCAGACCAAAGUCUUUGGCGAUCACCACGUCCGCGCGAUUGCUUACUUUGGAGGAAGCGCGCAACAGAAGUCUCAGAGGCGAGCCUGAUUACAUAGAGGUUGGGGCGGGUCCGGCUGGCCUUCCUUUGCGCUAUCACACUGUCAUAGAGCUGCCACGCAAACGAAAUGGCUCGAAACGAUCGCCCUCGCUAAAUUGGAGGGCGCUAUUCGGUAGAGGCGCUGUCGGAAAAACGAGGCAAAUUGGCACGCCACCUCAAGCGGAAACAGUGCCAAGUUCCUUGAACUCUUUGCGACGCCUGAGACCCGUCAAAAGCGCCGACAGUUUAGACGGCGAAGAUGGAUUGGGUCCGCUUUUAGGAGGACCACCUCCCAUCAGAACCUGCGGUCACAGUCGAUCCGUCUCGCACGAUUCGUACUUUGAUCACUUGGCUGAUGCGCCUAACGCAUCUUCGCCGUUGGAUCUCUCAGAGAUACAACUUAACUUCGAUCUCGAAGAACGAGAGAUGAGGAUGCUUUCGGAGGAGGAAGGUGGCGGAGUGGCGUCGGUAGAAGCGUCACCGCGUCGGCAGAGAACCGAAGGAAAUCAAUGUGCCGCCGCGACCGGCGGGUCUAAGAGGAAACGAUCUCGCUUAGAAGAAAGAUUGCAUUGCGACGUCGAGUUGCGUUUCAUAGACAGCCAAAGUCCUGAUCAGGUCAUGGUGUCGACAAGUGCGGAUAUUCACAGUAUCGAAACACCGUCUCCGUUACAAACCCCAGGUUAUCUACCGUUGUUGUCGGAAGCCUCUACGCCGUUAACGCCCGCUACGUUGCAGGGCACGUCUCACUCUACGUCGCCAGUACCAGCUAAUAGCCCCAGAAUAAGUUUUCGAAGUUUCACUUUGCCGUUAGAGAUUGGCGACGAGCGCGACGGAAGUAAUACGAAUAAGUUGAGGGAGACCAGUGCGUCAUCUUCUGAAAAGUCGUCGGAUCCUAGCCAUAGGUUGUCUAUAAAUUUAGAAGACCGAGAUAAGAGAUUGGAGCCAUGUGAGAGGAUUAUAGCUUAUGAUGGACGCGUGGAAUUGCACGAUAGAAACGCGACCACAUCGCGUACCGAAAAUCGCGUCGCGAGUCAAUCGAGCGCGGUCGCUUCGAUUUUCAACGAUACGGAGAUGACACCGUGUAACAGAUUAUCCUCCUCUUCGUGCGAAGAAGCUGUAACUAGCGGAGUUGCCGCAUCCCGUAAGGACGUAACACAGCUGAGUUUGCAUUCUGUGGAGAUCUCAUCUAAAUCGUAUAAAGAAAAAGAAGAGGCGGCUAACGAACGCGACGAGUCUACUGAUUCACCAAAUAAUCUUACCGCGGUGGCUGAUUUGCCGAGGUUGCCAUCCAAUACGACCGAUCUCGAUUCUCCCAUGUCGUGCGAACAAACUCUACAGGAGCUGCAGGAGUCUGGAUUCGUAAUUUGCGACAGCUCCGACAAAGUGUUCAGCAAUACGGAAAAUCCGCGCGCGACGAGUAGCAACAACGACUCCGGCGACUGGGUGAUUGUUGGAGGAACGGCAGCUAAUUCCUUUAUAACACCGAUCAGCGAAUCGACUAGUCCCAACGAUUCUUUUGUGGAAAGCGACGCGAAUCCAGCGUCGGAGAACGUUCCUGGAACACUGCUGGAGCUCACGCUGCCUCCGACCGCGGACGCGUUCCGUAUGGGAAUGACUUCCGACAAUUCGACGGGAAGUCGUGCAUCGAUGCAGGAAAGCGAGGAGAUGAUACUCGAUGUUACCGAUACGAAGAAGUAUACGAGUCAUGGGCUCGAACGAGAAGAGGCUGAGUCGCAGACAAGUUUUGGUCUCGUAAACGAGGAUAAUCUCGCGGACGACACCCAUUCUCGACUGCGCGAUCGGGAGAAUGGCAAUCGAUAUUCCUGCACGGAUGUUAAUUCGGGCCAAGAGUCUAACGCGAGGGAGCAGCAGCAACAGGUUCGCGCGUGUUACAUCGAGGCGGACAAUGCGAACGUAUUUGGUACAAAUCGGAACGAGAUACGUGACGAUAAGGAGUUGUUUGCGGAAACGGAAACCUUUGAGAACUAUCGCCGUCUAUCGAGAGACACGAGCGCGCAGCAGCGUGAUUGCGCGACACGCACUUUACACGUCACGAAUCAUCCGCGAUUCUUGAAUAAAUCCGAGGGAAAUCAGGAGACGAGCGUUACGCGAGACGAUCGUGACAACGACCAUUGUACGAACGGACUGUCAAAGAAGUGCCAAAGUUUCGGAUACAAUAAUUCGCAGAAGCAGCAGAGUAAUACGCAACAAAUACGCAAAUGCGCUUCCAAACGUGGCGACGAGGGUCACAAAUGCGUCAGUUUGCAAGCUAAUCGAAUACGAGGCAACACCGAAGUGAGGAUUCCUUCGGAGAACGCGGCCGAGCCUUGCGAGGUGGCACACGCGCCAGAAGGGGCGUCCGAGGUGAUGGAACGGACGUUGGACACGUCGAGCACAUUCACGAACACCUUGUCGCCGACCAUCGACGACACGGUGGUUCUUCCGCCACGAGACACCGCGGCGAUUUUGCAGGAGCUAGCUCUACAAAGAUUAUCCGGAGGCGCGGUAGGGGACGCGUCUACGCCUGUAAGAAGAAAAUACGAAAGCGAAACAGUCAGAGAGCGAAGGAGCUUUGAUUCGGAGAUCGGCAGGGAGAUCGUCCGAGAGAGUAAGAUGAGACAAGAAUUGGAUUGCGCGAGGGGGAAAUCCGAGGAGCCGUCGCAGCAUUUACCACCUUGCUUGCGGGCGCGUCACGCGAGGGCGACUCGAGCGGCGCUGAGCCGCUCCCUGGACGAGGCCAAGUUCAAUCGAAUGACGAAGGACAUCUCGUUGUCGGUGAAACCGACGUCCGAGGACGUGCAGCAUUGCUCGACGCCUAACGUCGGCAGCAGCUCCGGCACCUGCUCGAGCGCCUCCGAGAAGAUCCAAUUGCGAAAUCUCGGCGGCCUAGACCUGGGGGACCCGCAGUGUAGAGAAAGAAUCGAAAAGUACAAAGAGGAGAGAAGGACGUUCUUGAGGGACAAGUAUCGGUCGGAGAGUUUCCGUGGAGUUUCAUCGAAAACCGAGGACGACGGCGAGCAGGCGUUAUUAACCAGGUUGAAACAGAGGGCUACGAGACCUUCUCUUCAUUAAUGAAAUCCGGUCUUCGUAAGACAAGGAAAGAAAGGGAGCCAGGGUUCCCUCGUUCUCUAUAGUAGUAUAAAUAAGUUCUUGAGCAGUUAACGCGUAAUGCGAUAUCCAUUAUCUACCUGCAUCUUAGAACAAGUGCAAAUUGUAGGGCGGCUGUCGAAUUAAUCAACCGUAUGACCAAAUUCAACCUCGUUCUUAACGCCACGUCUGCUUUUGUUUUCGAAUAUACACGGCAACUAAUUAGAAUGACGGGAGGUCGAGCAAACGUGUAUCCAAACGGUAAUAAUAGAGAGACGGCGUUAUCUUAAAUUACAUAACUUUACCGCUCGUAUAUUUUUAUUGAAUUUAUAUCCCAGGUAUGUACGCUAACUUGGGCUUAUUUGUACUACUCACGAAUGCGAAUGCCGCUUUUGCAUUCGAUGACAUAUUGUUUAUGUAAUUCUGCCAAACGCUCUUUCACUAGAUCCACUGAACCGCUUUCACUUGAAUCUCACCGAUGCCGCGGCCUUAUCGCGGUUGAUAAUGAAGGUGAAUUACGACGAGGAUGAUAAAACGAGUUACGCGAUCCAUGACUCAUCUUCAUAUCGUCGAUCGCCAUUGUUAGCUGAAUUGUACGAAUGCUUUUAAAGCUCAUUAUUAAUUUAUUACGAACUCGAAGGAAAGUAUUCAUUUUUAUUAUUGUUAGAAGCUUUAAAAUAACGAUCCUCUUUGUAAUUAUUAUUAUUAUUAUUAAUAUUAUUAUUUGAUUUUUAUAUUUACUUAUAUUCUUUGUACUGUUACGCUAGCGAAGAAAAAACGCGCACGCGCAUGUAACAUUUCAGCUGCUUUGUAUGUACCAGAGUCAACAAUAUCUCGUGCAGGUUCUCACGACGUCACGCGAGACGUUGGACUCACCUGUUGCUUUUACACCGUAGGUAAAAAUCUCUUUAAAAAAAAUUGUACAUCUUGGAAUUUUAUUUUUUAGAGAGAUUCCUUUACGAGCCGCGUAAAAUCUGGUCGCCUUUUUACAGCGAAAUUGUAACUUUACCGAAAUUUAGAUAAGUAUUUUUCUCUCGCGAGUGAAAAAUUUCUGGUACAUACAUAAAGUUUAACUAAAUUGCGCUUUCCGAGUUGGUCGAGGGAGUCUCGACGAACUCGCUCGCGCGACGUUAAACCAGGCGUUUCAUUCGCGCGCCAAUGUUACUCUCGCGUUAUGGACUGGUCCAUAAUGACGACAUCCACAGAUAUAUCUUUUGAAAACAUGUUAAUUCUCUCGGUUAGUUAAUAUGUGUGUAACAUAUUGAUUUCUAUAACAAUGCGCUUGUCGACGGAAGGCUAGCUUAAAAUCAAGAUUACUAUCGGAUUACACUAAAGUGGUUCUUCUAUCUUAAUAUCCUAAGUGUGUAUCGCGCGCAUUGGCUUCGCGUUUUAUUACAUUUCGAUUACUAAGCAGCAGCUCUGCUGCUCACACAUCGCCUCAUCUCAUUUCUGUUACGUCGCACGACGCUUUAGAGCGAUGGUUCAUACGUUUUUAGUUUCCUUUUAUCCCAUUUUAUUAUUUUUAUUUCCGAUUUUUAAUCGGUCUCUUCUGUGAAAAAGAGAACGAUGAUGUUUUCGCACGCGGAAAUGUUUUUUUUUGUUUUGUUUUCUAUAAAGGCUUAGCAAACUGAGCGUUUCUUUUUUUUAAGCACGGUUCGAGAACUGUUUAAUAAGACUGGGACUAAUUGUCGACGCUAAUUGUUGAGUACGAUUUCAGUGAUGCUCGCGUCUGCGGACCUGCGGACGCGAUGAACAAAUUACAAUUUAAUACUCGGAGAGCCUUACGCUGAAAUACGUUUUGAUCUCUUACAAAUUCUCAAGAUAUUUAAUUAAGAUUAUUAGUGAUUAGAAACGAUGACGUUUAAAAUCUCUUGCAUGCGUAGUGAGGAUUCGAAAAACCGUGGUUUUCGUUUCGAACACGUGACUGUUUCUUUUUAAUGUCGGUUAAUUAACGUUAAAAUAUUUUUUUUGUCGACUGAAUGGUACGGCAACCAAGAAUUGAUACCGUCAACGAUCGCGGUGUUACCGUGCUUUCCCCGUGUAAUCGUUCGCGUGUCUCGUAUCCCCACUCGAAUAUCUCAGUCGUGUAUCUCUAUCGUGCAAAUCUGUAAGCAGUGUUCAGGCACGCGUAGUGCACGUUUACUAACUUAUUGACUGUUAAUGAUAAAAUACUUAGAGAUUCAAUAGUCGUGCUUGCGCGCGCGCGCUUCCCUGGAUUCUUUUAUCCGAGAUGGUAAUGGCCUAACUAGAGAGGGAGAGAGAGAGAGAGAGAGAUAUGUCUAGACAACGCCUGAAAACCCCUUACAAAUGAGGUACCUAAUGACUUAUGCACAAUAUAACGCGCAAUAAUGAUACAUCCGCGAGCGAUGUGUAUUUUUAAUAAGCUGAGAUUCCGCAGUCUCGCAAAAUAGUCUGUAGAGAUCCUUAUUAAGGGCACGAGAAAGAGAGAGAGAGAGAGAGAGAGAGAAACGAUACGAAACAAUAUUAAGAGCCGUAUAGAAAGUAAAGAGUUCCCUAUAAAACGACACACACAGACACACACACACACACACAACACAAAGACUAAUUCUCUAAUAUUCAAAGGCUAAUAUAUAUAUACAUAUACAUAUAUAUAUACAUAUACAUAUAUAUAUAUGUAUAUAUAGACAUAUAGUAAUCUUGUUUUUGAGUGUAGGAGGCUCACGCCUCAUCCGGCUGGGCGCAUCUUUGCCCCCCUUUAGUUAUAAUCGCAUUUAAUAAUAAUAAUUGUUUCCGUUAUGAGAGACUACUGUUUGUCGAUUAUAAUUAUAAUAUAUGCAAGUUGUACGUGAAAUAAAUAUAAAUGCUGUAAAUCGGA